GCCCCCCAGCCGUGUUGUCAAACGGGCUGGGGUCUCGGAUUGGUCCAGCCGCCGGGACAACACCUGCUCGACUCCUUCAUUCAAGUGACACCAGAGCUUCCAGGGAUAUUUGAGGCACCAUCCCUGCCAUUGCUGGGCACUCGCAGCGCUGCUAACGGCCUGGUCACAUGCUCUCCGGAGAGCUACGGGAGGGCGCUGGGUAACCUCUAUCCAGCCUCGGCCGCGAGGAGGAGGGAAAAGGCGAGCAAGGAGGAAGAGUGGGAGGAGGAGGGGAAGCGGCGAGGGAGGAGGAAGAGGGGGAGGGGAGCACAAAGAUUCCAGGUCUCCGGGAGGGAGGUUUACACCAAGAACCAUGUGUGCCGAGCGGUUGGGGCAGUUCGUGACCCUGGCUUUGGUGUUGGCCACCUUCGACCCGGCACAGGGGACCGACGCUACCAACCCGCCGGAGGGUCCUCAAGACAGGGGCUCCCAGCAGAAAGGCCGCCUGUCCCUGCAGAACACAGCGGAAAUCCAACACUGCUUGGUCAACGCUGGCGAUGUGGGGUGUGGCGUGUUUGAAUGUUUCGAGAACAACUCUUGUGAAAUUCGGGGCUUACAUGGGAUUUGCAUGACUUUUCUGCACAACGCUGGAAAAUUUGACGCCCAGGGCAAGUCAUUCAUCAAGGACGCCUUGAGGUGUAAGGCCCACGCUCUGCGGCACCGCUUUGGCUGCAUAAGCCGUAAGUGCCCGGCCAUCAGGGACAUGGUGUCCCAGCUGCAGCGGGAGUGCUACCUCAAACAUGACCUGUGCUCGGCCGCCCAGGACAACGCGCGGGUGAUGGUGGAGAUGAUCCACUUCAAGGACCUGCUGCUGCACGAACCCUACGUGGACCUGGUGAACCUGCUGCUGACCUGCGGGGAGGAGGUGAAGGAGGCCAUCACCCACAGCGUGCAGGCUCAGUGUGAGCAGAACUGGGGGAGCCUGUGUUCCAUCUUGACCUUCUGCACCUCAGCCAUCCAGAGGCCCCCCACGGUGCCACCCGAGCGCCAGCUGCAGGUGGACAGAGCCAAGCUCUCCAGGGCCCACCACGGGGACGUGGGGCACCACCUCUCAGAGCCCAGCAGCAGGGAGACUGGCCGAGGUGCCAAGGGCGAGAGAGGCAGCAAGAGCCCCCCAAACGCCCAUGCCCGGGGCAGAGCGGCAGACCAUGGGGCCCAGGGAACUUCUGGAAGCAGUGAGUGGGAGGACGAACCGUCUGAGUAUUCUGACAUCCGGAGGUGAAACGAAAGGCCUGGCCAGGAAAUCGUUCCUCUAUGCCGUCCAUUUUCUUCUCUAUGGACAUUCCAGAACAUUUGCCAUUAAAGAGGGGGGAUGUCACACGCAGGAUUUGGUGGGGAUUGCAGACUGGAUGAAGGUGUAUGUUAGCAGAACGAACAGGUGAGGCGGAGACUCCCCGGGCGGCAGUGAGGUCUCGGCUGGGUCAGGUGGGGUCCACACUGGCGCCCCCGAGGCGAACAUGCCAGGUGGGCUCCCCAUAGCUUUGUCUCUCCCAUUAGUGGAGCCACUGGGCACAGCCUGCGGUUUCCUCUGCUGGGGGGCGGUGGGUGGGGGCGGGGGCAGUGGGCCCACUCAGGUUGGACCACGCACUCGGUGCUGCCU